AUGGAGCUGCCGCUGAGUAAACCUCACUUCUCAGGUGCACUACUGCUGCUUCUGGUGUCAAACUUGCUACUGUGGGAGAAAGCUUCAUCAAUUCCUAAAUGUCUUGCGGAGGUGGACGGCUGCUGGAACCCACUUGUGGAAACAUUUAACAGUGCCAUGAAGCGAGCUGAAACCCUUCGUACUCUUGCUGACCAAUUUUAUAUAGAGCUUUAUCAGAACCAGUUCUCAUCUGGACAAUUUUUGGCUCUGAACUCAAGAAUGAUUAGACGGGAUGAGGUUGUUGUUAGAGCCGGAACUUACUGCCAUUAUACUCUCUCAAAUCCCCCAGACAGGGGAACUGAGCAUGCAGAUUUUGAGACUGAAGCAUAUUUAAAAACAUUGAUCAAUUAUGUGAGUGCCUGGAUCAACCCUCUCUAUCAUCUAGUGACUGAACUGAGUGUGAUGAAAGAUGUCCCUGAAGCUAUCGUUUCAAAAGUCACAGAGAUGGAGGUGAACAAGAGAGAACUCCUAGAUGACCUUAAAUGGAUACUCAACAAGGUCUAUCCUACCGCAGAGAUUAAGGAAGAAUUUCCCAGCUGGGAACACCUUUCAUUCCUAAAGUCAGAUGGCAAACAUUCUAAAUUUUUGGCAAUGUUUAAUCUUUCCAACUGCAUAUACAAUGAAACAUACCACAUUUUAUUUUAUCUCAGCACACUGAAGUGUCGUAUAACUGGAAAAGAUUGCUAA